UUUCCGCUCAUUAUAUUUUUUGUUUAUUAACCGGAAGUCUUUAUUUACUUCACCGGAUUUUUUUUUCUUUGUUUUUGCAGUAUAUUUUUAAGCUAAUCAACAGUUUAAUGUCAAUGUGGAUCAUUCAUCAUCACGUCUGGGUCACCAAUGUGGGGAUUUAAUUUUUCGACUAUGUCAACUUUCAUCUAUCAAAAGUUAGCUCAUUGGUAUUUAAUAUUUAUAGUGGUAGUUACGCCACAUAUUCAACUUAAGUUGAGAGAUAAGAAUUUCACUCUUUUUUGAGUAGAAGAAUUCACUCAUUCAUUUUAAGAGACUGUCAAUGCUUAUAAUCCCGACCAAAGCUUGACAACUGUAUUGGAAUCCACUCCGAAAUAUUUUUUUCCUCAAACCUAAAGAUCCUAAACCGGACAAUAUGUCUGCUCCUGGAUACUAUGAUCUGGAUCAAGUCUUUAAGAAAAUGGAAGGAUCAAAACCCCGUUACAGUUAUUCAUUUGGAGAGAAGCAUCGCAUGAUGGAUGACACACCAGCUGCAGGUUAUUGCGAUCCCGAUUCCGGCUAUAAGAAUCAGCAAGAUGACCAUCUGCAAGAUAACAAAACCUACACAUGCGGGCAUAAAGGUUUACAUCAAAGUGUUGAUGCAACCCCCGCUGCUGGUUAUUGCGAUCCAGAUUCCGGCUAUAAGAAUCAGCAAGAUGACCAUCUGCAAGAUAACCCAAUCUGCACAUGCGGACAUAAAGGUUUAAGUCGAAGUGCUGAUGCAACCCCUGCUAAUGGUUAUUGCAAUCCAGAUUGGGGCGAUAAGAAUCAGCAGGAAGAACAUCAGCAAGAUAACCCAAGCUACGCAUCAUUUGAACAUAGACAUUCACCUCAAAAUGUUGAUGCAACCCCCGCUGCUGGCUAUUGCAAUCGAGAUUCGGGCUAUAAGAAUCAGCAAGAUGAACAUCAGCAAGAUGAACAUCAGCAAGAUAACCCAAGCUACACAUCAUUCGGACACAAACGUUCACCUCCAAAUGUUGAUGCAACCCCCGCUGCUGGUUAUUGCAAUCGAGAUUCGGGCUAUAAGAAUCAACAAGAUGAACAUCAGCAAGAUAACCCAAGCUACACAUCAUUCGGACAUAAACGUUCACCUCCAAAUGUUGAUACAACCCCCGCUGCUGGUUAUUGCAAUCGAGAUUCGGGCUAUAAGAAUCAGCAAGAUGAACAUCAGCAAGAUAACCCAAGCUACACAUCAUUCGGACAUAAACGUUCACCUCUAAAUGUUGAUACAACCCCCGCUGCUGGUUAUUGCAAUCGAGAUUCGGGCUAUAAGAAUCAGCAAGAUGAACAUCAGCAAGAUAACCCAAGCUACACAUCAUUCGGACAUAAACGUUCACCUCUAAAUGUUGAUACAACCCCCGCUGCUGGUUAUUGCGAUCCAGAUUGGGGCUAUAAGAAUCAAGAUGAAGCUCAGCAAGAUAACCCAAGCUACGCAUUCGGACAUAAACUUUCACCUCGAAAUGUUGAUGCAACCCCCGAUAUUUCAGCUGCUGGCUAUUGCGAUCCAGAUUCGGGCUGUAAGAGUCAGCAAUGUAACCCAAGCUACACAUUCGGACAUAAACCUUCACCUCCAACCUCCUUGAUGCAAUCACCGCGCCUGAUCACUAUGAUCCCGAUCAAGCCUUAAAGAAAAUGGAAGGUUUAAAGCCCAGUUACAGUUACUCAUUUGGAGCGAAGCAUCACGUGAUGGAUGACUCACCGGGUAAUCAAAACGUCUAAUGAAAGAACACAAAAUAUUACUUCCUGUUAGAAUAGAAGCAUUUGUUUUACAUUACACUUUUAUUAGAUUUACAGAAUAUUCAGGGGUUGGACAAAAUUAUGGGAACGUACUAAUUCUAACUCUAUGAGAUCUCUACUCUAACUCUAUACUAGCUUUACUCUAAUUCUAUAUUAGCUCUACUCUAACUCUAUACUAACUCUCUGUAAAUAACUUUCGUUUUGCAGUAAAUGUUUUGGAAGGUUUUACUUAGCAAAGCUCUUGGCACAGUUUGAGAGAUCAUGCUUUCGACUUUUAGAAAUGGUAUCUUUUUACCCAUGCAAAAUUUGGAUUGACCAAAUUGAUGAGAAGGAAGGUAAUAACUUCUUUCUAACUUUAAUACCAAUAAAUUUUGAAACCAUGCUAUAUGAUGGCGAUAUUUAAAAGGAUAAUUGGCGAUUUAAAUUCUGGGUAUGGAGUACUAUCUGCUCUUUCAUUGAAAUAUAAUAGAAUUAAGGAAGGAAUGAGAAGAUAACGUUAGUAAAUUAACAUGAUAAUAUAAUACUCUAAUAAGUUAUAUACAAGAAUGAAAAUUACGGGAUAGGGAAAUUUUUUUAUAUAAAUUGUGGGGGUAUUUAAAACAGGAAAAGGAGCUUUUAAUUCCUUAACGCCCAUUUCAGUAGAUGGAAAUUUUGCAUGGGUAAAAAGGGCACCUUUUUAACUGUUCUUUUAAAUUGUGCCAGCUGUUUAACCAUAUAAAAUCUUCAAAAACAUUUGCUGCUAUAAGAAAGAUUGUUCACAUAGAGUUAGUAUAAAAUUAUUACCAUAUUUUUGUCCAUCCUCUACACGUUGGAAUUUUCUUAAUAAAUGCUUAUAAUUAA